UAGUUGAGAUUGUCUAUGAAAUUUUCUUCACUGUUGACGAUUGACAUCUACAUUGUUUAUGGUUCUUUUUCAUGGCUGACGUUCGAAGGAGCUAACUGCAGUCAUGAAGCUGAACGUCUCUUACCCGGCGACGGGAUGUCAGAAGUUAUUUGAAGUAGUGGACGAGCAUAAGCUCCGCAUCUUCUAUGAGAAGCGCAUGGGCGCUGAGGUUGAGGCCGACCAGCUAGGAGACGAAUGGAAGGGCUACAUCUUACGUGUUGCUGGUGGUAACGACAAGCAGGGAUUCCCUAUGAAACAGGGUGUCCUAACCAACAGCCGUGUUCGUUUGUUGAUGUCAAAGGGCCACUCUUGCUACAGACCACGUCGUGAUGGUGAGAGGAAAAGGAAAUCUGUUCGUGGGUGCAUUGUAGAUGCUAACUUAUCAGUACUAGCUCUUGUCAUUGUUCGCAAAGGUGCUCAGGAAAUCCCUGGACUUACUGAUGGCAAUGUGCCCCGUCGUCUAGGUCCCAAGAGAGCAUCCAAAAUCCGCAAGUUGUUCAACCUGACCAAACAGGAUGAUGUCCGUCGUUAUGUUGUCAAACGCCUGCUGCCUGCUAAAGAGGGCAAGGAAAAUGCUAAACCCAGAUAUAAGGCCCCUAGAAUCCAGAGGUUAGUAACCCCUGUGGUCCUACAACGCAGACGUCACCGUCUGGCCCUCAAGAAGAAGCGUCUAGCCAAGCGCAAGUCCUCUGAGGCAGACUAUGCCAAACUGCUUGCGCAAAGAAAGAAGGAAUCCAAGGUGCGUCGCCAAGAAGAGAUCAAACGCAGGCGUUCAGCUUCAAUUCGAGAUUCCAAGAGCUCGAGCACGAGUGCCCCGCAAAAGUGAUACUUUUACCAAUAAAAAUAUAUAAAACCUA